UGUUUUCAGCCUUGGCCGGAGCUGCCUGAGCCCCCCCCGGGGCCGGGAGGCUGCCUCUGGCGGGGGCUCAGCGGGCGGCUUUUUGGGACAGCCAUUUCUGAUUCAAGCCGGUGUUAAGCCGGCUGUCUGAGGGCAGAGCGGAGCCAUUCCACCUCCGCUCGGCACCGGACGGCAGCGGCAUGGUGCUCCGGGGAGCCUGCCUGCUCUUCUGCCUCUUCUCCCUCACCCAGGUCUCCAGCCAGCAAAAUGGCAAAGUCCGGCAAAAGCCGGUGGCUUCCAAGAAAGAUGGUGUGAGCCUCAAAAUGAUUGAAGACCUGAAGGCCAUGAUUGACAACAUCUCUCAGGAGGUUGCUCUACUGAAGGAAAAGCAAGCACUCCAGACAGUUUGCCUGAAAGGCACCAAAAUUCACCUAAAAUGCUUCCUUGCGUUUUCGGAGACCAAGACGUACCACGAGGCCAGCGAAAACUGCAUCUCUCAGGGCGGCACACUCAGCACCCCCCAGAGCGGGGAGGAGAACGAUGCCCUCUACGACUACAUGCGCAAGAGCAUCGGCUCCGAGGCGGAGAUCUGGAUCGUCACAGCAGAAAAACACGCAUUUCAGUGGAAGGCUGAUGACCCCAGACACCUGAUGGAUGAGCUGCCACGUAAAAGCCUUCCGGCCGAGAGGCUCUGGCCAGGGGGGCUGCUGGUGACCGUAAGGCACCCAGCGCCUGCAGCCGGGGUGCUCCCUAACCAGCCCUGUACCCUCAGCGUCCAGCCUCACCCCAGCAAGGAGGCAAAAACCCCACAGACGACCGCUCUGCCAGGAGGAUCGGUGAGGCCACAUCUGGAGCGCCAGGUCCAGUUUAGGGCUCCCCAGUACAGGGGGGACACACACAGACUUCCUGGAGCGAGCACAGUGAAGGGCCAUGAAGAUGAUGAAGAGAUUGGGGCAGCUUUUGUGUGA